CUGAUAGUGACAGUAUCCACUAAUCAAAAUGUUGUUUGAGGUUAUGUUGAAAUUAAGAAUAUUUUUCUUUUUGUAUAUUAUUUUGAUUUUCUUACCUCUAAUAUAUUCUGAAACACAAAAUCAGGAAUCAGAAGCCGCAGAAGAACUUUAUAAAAAAUUAUUUAAACAACAGCGACUAGAACAAUUAAACGCAAUAAAGAGCUUCGAAAAAACAUCGAAUUAUGAAAAGCAAUAUGCUAUGAUUACUUUAAUGGCUGAAAAGAUAUUUGAUACUAUUACAGAAAGUAGAGUCUUUGUAGAAUCCUCAUUUGUGCCGGGAAUUUCAGAGUUUCCUUUGGAUAAUGAAAGAAAGGCAGCUAUAUCCAGCAUAUUGGAGAAUACUGUACUAUUUUCCGAGAUUGCAUUAAGAUUUCCAGAAAUUUCUACUUCUUUAUUAAAAAGAAAUAAAAACUGGGAUCUUGUACUUCAAUGGGGUAUUGCAUUUACUUAUCAUAUGAGGCAUCUUUUAGAUGAUAAUACCAUACAGCUGCUGAGAUUAGUGAGUCAAGAAUUAAAUCAUGUUGAAAGACACCCAGAUUAUGUAAAUCCCUAUAGAAAGUCUCCAGAAGUACAAAAAGAUAUUGUACAACCAAAGCCGAAGAAGAAAAAGAAAAUUAUCAAGAAAGGACCAAAGCUAUCUAGUCGUUUUGAGUUGUAAAAACUUUUUAAUGUCAAUAA